AUGAAGUCCGCAGACUGGGUUUCCAAGGAUGCACAGUCGACUCCGCGACGCAAUGACUUGCGACGAAUUAAGCUGAGCCGUUUUGACGGCUCGUUCGAUCCGGCCUUUCAUCGGAUACCGGUGACAGAAGAAAAGACAACCACCAUCAACUCUGUUGAGAGACGCGAAAAGUUCAAGAUUGACCUGGGGAAGCCUCUGCCGCUGGAGUACGACACGCAUCCGUCAACGUCGCGACGUAAACCUCGGCUGAUCGCAAAAAACGACGCGUCCAUGUCCAACAUACACACCCAAACUCCUCCGCCACGAACGCUCCAGACACGCCUCACCACACGCGCCGGACACCGCGAGCCGGCUGCGAGACAUACAGAGCAGACAGUACUGCCCAUACGCAACAGAGAAGAGCGCUUACGGCGUUUACGGACAAUUCUUCUCGGGAACAACCACAUUUCUAGCACACCCAUUGAUGGUCAAGACACCCUUGAACCAGUUAUUUUGGCUGCGACUAGUACAGAGUCGGACUCUGCUGCGAACGAGCCAAAGCCCGUGGAGAUUGUGCCAAUCGCCGAGCCAGCAGCCGAGUCAGCACACAAACCAGCCAGCAAGUCAAAGCUGCUAGUAACCCUGGUGGUUCUGCUCAUCCUGUUGGCACUUUCAAAGGCUGAGGCCUCCAGAAUUAGAGGCAAGUUCCUGGACAGAAUCCCUGUUAUCUGCGAGAAGGUUGAGGAGAGUGAUAUUCCGGAGAUCGACAAGCGCAAAUACCUGGUUCCUUCGGAUUUGACGGUGGGACAGUUUGUUUACGUGAUCCGUAAAAGAAUUAUGUUACCAUCAGAGAAGGCUAUUUUCAUUUUUGUGAACGAUAUACUCCCUCCAACCGCCUCGCUCAUGAGCACGAUCUACGAGCAAUACAAGGAUGAAGACGGGUUCCUCUACAUCCUUUACAGUGGAGAAAACACGUUUGGACAAUUGGAGGGGGUCGAAGAGGUGCUUUAG